UCCGGGUCGUUCGAAAAAAUGGCGGCCGCUUGCAGCAUUGGAGAAGGCGACAAUGCUAAUGUGGCACGAGAAGGUGAGAAAGUAGUGGACAGUGAGCUUCUGGAGGCUCAGAUUGUUGCCCAGGCUAUCACAGAGCUACAGGAGAUACAGGCCCCCAUCACUUCACAGGUUAUAGAGUCAGAGCAGCUGUCUCGUUUCCUGUCCUCAAUCGCAGCAUCAGGGGAGGCAACCCACAUUGACGGUGACAACCAGACACAGCAGAUUAUCUACUACAUAGAAGACAACACAGGGACACUUACAAGGAAUGAAGCAAGGGUGUAUGUUGAUACGUCUGUACAGGCCAAUGACUACGAGAUUGAACGACGGUCGGGUCGAUUGCCUGCCCGCAGGAGAUUCAUUCCAGCCAAAUUCAGAGAUUACAAGAACACGUCUGAUCCUGAGACCAGUGACUCUGAUUUUGACCCGCACGAGUACCUGGCACGCCCAAAGCGACCGAGAACACAGAAACUGCCAGUGACCAAAUCUGGUGAACACGAAGAUGUGUUGGAAAAUGGUAGCUUGGAAACUACGAAAGAAUUCAAACAUGUCAACACUAGAAAAGUGGGGAGACCUAGCAAGAAGGCGAUGAUCACAGAGCAAGAGAAUGCAGUCUACCUGCAGCCUGACCCCGAGCUGGAGACCAUCCUAGAGAUGAAGUACCAGCAGGCCCUGAGGGAAGCCAGGGAGGACGCUGACCGGAGGAGGGCACAGGGGCCUGAGGGAGGGGGAAAUGGGGGCCUGGGAGGGGGGAAUAAAGAGCAGGAAGGGGAGAAUGUGGGCCUGGUACGGGGGAAUAAAGAGCAGGAAAGGGAAAACAAAGGGCAAAGAGGGAAGAAUGGGGGCCUAGGACGGGGUAAUAAAGGGCAGAGAGGGGAGAAUGGGGGCCUGGGAUGGGUGAAUAAAAAGCAGGAAGGGGCAAAUGAAGGGCAGGACUCAGAGGAAGAGGGGAAUGGGGGUGACUCAUCAGAUAGAGGGGCAAAUGAAAGUCAGGGGUUGAACAAACUGAAUAAUCAGGGUCAAGCGCAGACAAAAGGAGAAAAUGAGGACCGAAGGCAGGAAAAGGGAAAAGUUAAGGGUCACAAUUUAAAAAGAGAAGAAUUUGAGGGUCAUGAACAGAAAGGAGAGGGGAGUAGAGAAAUGGGGCGUAAGUCUGGGAAAACUGGUGGUCAGGAAAUAAAGGCACCAACAAAUGAGGGGCAGAAAUCUCCUCAACACAAAAUGGACAGUAUGGAAGAUGCACAAGAACAGCAGACAGACAAUGAUGAGAGGGAUCCAAGUGAGGAGACAGAUGUCAAAGUGGAUGUCAAUAAAUCUGCAGGCAAACAUAGUGGCGGUGAAGUUAUCACCCCCAGGUCACAGAAAUUACUGGAAUUAGAAGGUCUCAAUCCUGAAGAGGAGGUCACGCCCAUCAAGAGGGGGAGGGGCCGACCCAGGGGCCCAGACUGGGGGGCAGACUUCAAGUGUCCUGACUGUGACAAGGUCUUCAAGGUGAAAGGAAAUCUUCGCAUGCAUCUCAAGACCCAUCUCAAUGUGAAGAUGUUUGCCUGUACCUUGGACAACUGUGGCAAAUCUUUCAGCUCCAAUGAGAGUCUGAGACGUCAUCAGCUGGUACACAAAGGUAUCAAGCCUUUCCAAUGUGACAUCUGUGAACGCUGUUUCUCCAGCAACGUGGCACUUAUAGAGCACCGCACGCUUCACUUUGACGAGAAAAUGCAUCAGUGCCCGCACUGCGUGCGCCGCUUCCGCCAUGUCUCGAGUUUCCGUCGCCACCUGCUGACGCACACCACCGCCCUACCAUAUCGAUGUACUGCGUGUGGGCGACAGUUCCAGCAGACCUCGUAUCUGCGGUCCCAUAUGAAGAUUCACACAGGGGAGAAGCCUUACCAGUGCGUGCAGUGUGGCAAGAGGUUUGCACAUCAAUCAGACGUGAAACGACACCAGACAACGCAUACAGGUGAAAAGCCUUACAAGUGUUCCAAGUGCAACGCCAGGUUCAGCGAUGUCUCAAGCAAGAGCCGACAUGAAAAGGAGCACGAGAACAAUAAGAGGUUCACCUGCAGCUAUUGCAACGACACCUUCAAACGAGCAGGUCAGCUUAGGUCCCACCUCUUGAGAAAACACCGUGAUCCCAACGCAACUGAGUUCAUGUUAAAAGUCGACAAUCUGCGGGACUUUAAGUCAGUUGAAUUUGGUCCCGGCUUGAUACAGAUCGGCGAUCAGUCCAACAUCAGUCAGCAGAGGAUAGUGUCCAUUAUUAAUAAUCUCAACAAAAAGACUGGUUCCUCCACUCAGGGUUAUAUUGAGGUGGACAGCGUGUUUCAGCUGUCUGGAAACCAGUCUGAGACAGAGUCAGGUCAUGUGACCAGUAUUGACCAAUCAGAGAGGGAGGGUGAAGUGAAUGUCAUAGAGGUCCCUAUAGAGCUGCAGGGAGUUGAGAUUCCUGAUUCAGGAAAUGGCCACACAUACAUCGCAGUGUCCCACAGUUCAGGAAUGGACAUUGCUCAUCACCUUGGGGUUGCACCAGAGACAGCGUACAGGGUUAUAUACGAGGUUGAUGAGAAUGGGGACCAGCGUCAGCUAUUGGUUCCCUGCAGCGAGGGUAUGACAGAGGAGGGCGAAACCAUCAAGCUGGGAUACAUCACAUCUCAUCUGUCCACCACAGAGGAGCUGGAGACCACCGGAGCUACGGAUGUUAUUGUGGAUUCCAUGGAAACCACAGACAGCAACCAUUCCCUUGAGAACACGUUCGAAAAUGGUGAAGGGAACACCAUAGACUGUACAACAGUAACCACAGAGACCCACUAUCAGCAAGUGACAAUGCCAGACUCAAAUUAUGGGGCACCCGAAGACGCCCAAGGCGUCGAUGAUCAAACUUCGAAUCCUGGCCAGGCAGGUGUUAUGGAUGCAAACCUUGAUAAUCAGUUUCAGGAACAAACAAAUGAUCUAACCAACCUACAAGAAACUGACCAUGAAUGUAACGUUGACUCAGAUAACGAGAAUUCUACUUUUGACGGUCAAGUAAAUCCACAUUCAAGAGAUCGUUCAGAAGACAUGACAGUUGCAGAGGGAAUCAAGUUCAUCUCCGAUCCAGAUUUCACAGACCGGGAUUAUUACCACUGGUUGAAGAAUUUCACGAAAUGGUGCAAAGUGAUGCCGUUACCAUUGGAAACCUCAUUGUUUCAGAAGAUCUCCCAAGUACACAAGACACUUUCUGAUGUGAUGGCCUCUCCGCGUGGGAUCGUUGCAGAAAGAGACAAGUUCUGCUUGCUGAUGGGGAUCACACAAGAACUGGGUGCAAUAAUAAAUGAACAUUUAAUGUUUAUAAUGCAAAAUUUGGACAGUUAAUUGCUUCAUAAAAAUUGUAAACAUGCUUAGUAGUUUUGUUUUUCAAUAAAUAUCAUUCAAAAUAGA